UUUCUGUUUCUCAUUACAAAGUGACAACCAAGGACAAGGGGGAAACAGAGAAAACGGCGAAGGAUUUUGAUAUCUGCCUUCCCCUGCCCCAGUUGUGAUUUCCUUUUUAAUUUUCCCGAGACACAAACAGACAUUUUCCCGGUAUCCAACUUCCCCCAUUUGGCAAGGAACAUUAAAUCUGUAUCCAAUCAAUCGGCGGCUUUGGAUAAAUCUAGACGGGUCUCUGUCACCCCAGUUUAUCCAUUUGCCUCGAUUUUGGCGAAGAUUUAACUUAAAAUCCAAGUCUUAUAUACAAAGAUUUCUUCUUUCGGAAUUCUCCAGAGAAAAUUAUUGGGUAUUCCAUUGAAGAUGAGAAGGCAACAGCACCAGCGAGAUCAGCAAUCUAGGGUUUUCUACGAGCUCUCGGCUCUUGUCCUGAGUCUCCUCCGGUCUCCGCCGAUGCCCAUGACGUUUCCCGAUCAGUUGCCGGAAAGCCCAAAUCAGCUGACGGGAAGACGUCCGCCGCCGUCGUCAUCGGCGACGAACCAGAUUUCUCCGGCGGGAUUUGCAUCGCUGCUGCUAGGGAUAUCGGUGGCUCUGAUGUUCUGCGGAUCUGUGACUUUCUUCAUAGGGUUUCUGUUGAUGCCUUGGGUUCUGGGUUUGAUCAUGGUCUUCUAUGUCGCCGGGAUCGUAUCCGCCAUCUCCAUGGCCGGAAGGUCCGUCCUCUGUUACGCCUUGGCUCCUCCGUCUUCCCCCGGCAAGGAAAUUCCAGGUUUCUAGGUAAAACUCCAUUGGAGAAAACUUCAGCCUGCAAACUAGCUUCACUCACUGUUUCCAUGGCGAUUACAAAUAUGGAGGAAGGGUGUAGAUGAUGGCUAAUGUCUCACGUUGACUAACCAGCUCCUGAUUCUGUCCACAUGUCGCAGAAUGGAAGCUUUUGUGAAGUAAGUUGCUGCCACAACUUCGGAGCUUAAGACAUGCGAGAUGAAGGAGAGACUAUUUUACUUCUUCUUAAUCUUCCGUUUUGUUCAUAUUUCAUAUUUGGGGGGUUUUUUUUUACGUUUUCAUUUUUUCCCCUUUCCUAGUUUUGGAGUAGAAUACACAACAAGGCCAUAUGAUUUUCUGAUGUUUUAAUGGUUCGUGUAAAACGAUUUCUUUGAUGAGAUCGAGGAUAGGAAGUUUCGUUUUAUAUGGCCA